CUGUCAAUGGUACAAGAGGAGUUUUUUCUGAUGUCUCUUUGGUUCAUGAUGUGCAGUUGUUUCAGUCUCUAGCGGAUACGUACAUCUCUAUUGAAGCAGAUUGGCCAGUGAUGGUGGCAGGACACAGUUCCACUUUCACUGUCUUCAGCACAACAGAAAUUAGUGAAACACUUCACUUGAUGACUAUUUCCAAAGAGAAAAUCUGGAAUGCAUGGAGUGUCUCACUUGUUACACUCUCUUCACAAGAGUUCGGUGGUGUGUAUGAGUUUACAUUCAGCUUAUACAUUAACUGCUCUCUAGCACCGGACUUUCAACUUUUAUCUUUUUACACAACAAACAAAGGAUUUGCAGUAGAAGAUGUUGUUCAUUUUGUUAUCGAAACUUGUUUUGAACAUGAGGUUGCCUUAUCAUUCAGUCAAAGUGAAGUUCGUCCAGAAGAAUAUGUAGAGAUAUCAGUGAAGACGCUUCCACAUGCAACAGUCAGUUUGACUGCUGUAGACAAGAGCGUUCUUUUGUUACCAACUUUAUGCAGCAGUCAAGUGACAAGAAGCAACGUUGAAUAUGAAAUGUCAUUAUACUCCUUGUUAGAGGAUGAAAGUACAUCUCAAAACGAUCCUCGACACUGGUGGAAAUCAUGGUGGAAGACUGUCAAAGUGCCACGUGUUUUUAAGGAAUCUGGAAUGAACGUGAUCAGCAAUUACUUUUUCGGUCUUGGCAAUAGUCGACGAAUUAAACGUCAAGCUUUCAAUGACACUGUAGAUCUAAUACCGUCAAGUUUCACAUCAUUACCAAGGAAACAAGUGCGGUCUGACUUUCCAGAGGUUUGGUUAUGGAAAACCAUUCAAACCAAUGAACAAGGUGAAUGGCAUGCGAAUCUAACAGUUCCACACACAAUAACAAGUUGGAUAGUCGAUGCGUUUGCUUUGUCUUCAAAUACUCCACUGGGGAUUGUUGAUUCGCCAUCCUCUCUUCUUGUUUUCAAACAGUUCUUUGUCUCUCUAAGCUUGCCAUUUUCUGUGAUCAGAGGCGAAGAAGUUGAAAUCAUUGCCAACGUGUUCAAUUACUUUCACAAGGAUCUACAUGUUGUGUUGAGUAUUGAUAAUUCAACGGAUGCAUUUGAUUUGGUUGAAAGUUUUACGUCAGGAUAUACAGUGCUGACUGUACCUGCCAACGAUAUUUGGACGGCACGUUUUCCAAUUGUUCCUCAGAAGCUUGGCUACAUACCCAUCAAGGUUACAGCAAGAUCUAAUCUGGAGUCAGACACUGUUUUGAGGAUGCUGCUAGUUGAGCUUGAAGGAAUUCCACAGGAAUAUUACAAAAGCAUUCAAAUUCAAGGAAAUUCAAUUGCAACAUUGACGUUAGAUCUUCCUCCUUCAUUUGUCAACGAUUCAGUUGCAGGAUUUCUGUCAGUAUCUGGAGACAUUUUGGGUCCUGCAAUCAACUCCUUGGGAUCGCUAUUACGAAUGCCAUCAGGAUGUGGGGAACAGAACAUGGUCAAUUUUGCUCCAGCUGUAGUGAUCAAACAAUAUCUUAUGAAAACAAAUCAACUUACACCAGAGAUAGACAGUAAAGCUACUCGAUUCAUGGAGAUUGGAUACCAACGUCAGCUCACAUUUCAGAGGUCUGAUGGUGGCUACGCUAUUUGGGGUAAUAAAAGUCCUUCUAGUAGCACAUGCUUGACUGCAUUUGUUUUACAAAUUUAUGCUCUGGCAAUGGAUGUGAUGUAUAUUGAUGAAAUGUCUAUGCUGAAAAGCCUUUGUUGGUUAAUGAACAGACAGCGAUAUGAUGGCUCGUUUGUUGAAACUGGACAGUGUUAUCACCUGACUUGUGGAAUGCGAGAGGACAGAGCUACUACAUUGACAGCAUAUUCUUUGAUUACAUUGGUUGAAGUUGGCAAACAGUUGAAAUCUUCAUCAGGGUCUUGCUUGUGGGCAUUACAUUACAAAAUUGAUAGAGCAAGGAAGUAUUUGGAGAAUGCAAUUUCUUCUCUGACGUAUAGUGGAAAAUAUAAUGAUUACAUAAGAGCUAUGGCUGCAUACGCACUUUCUUUGGCUGGAAGUCCAAGAGCAGACUUGGUUGUCAAACGUCUUCAAGAGAGUGCUAUCAGAACAGAUAAUCAUUGUCAUUGGAUUUGCAACUCUGAGCAAUGCAGGAGACGCAACACUUGUUCUACUUCUGCAGGAACAGUGGAGACCACAUCAUAUGCUCUGCUUACAUAUACUCAUCUGAAUCGAGUUAGUGAUUCUGUCUGCAUUGUCAGGUGGCUAGUGGAACAGAUGGAUGGGAAAGGAGGUUACAGAUCUACACAGGAUACUGUACUUGCUCUCAUGGCUCUUGCGCAGAGUGGAUCUGUAUCUGUAAGGAAAUUCCACAUUUAUAUCACAAGCUUCUCCAUUUCAAACAGCACUUCUAUCACACUGACUCAUCCCUCAGAUCCUAUAGCAACACAGAAAGUUGAAAUAGAGGUUCCGAAUGAAUUAUAUAUUGAAAACACAGGCGAUGGAGCAGCAUUGAUACAAGCCAAUGUGAGCUACCAUGUUCACAAACUAAAGCCAGACAUGUCGUAUGAUUUGACUGUAACAGCUCAUCGCCAACUGGCUGGACAAACUACGUUUUCUGCUAAUGAUAUACCAACACAGUCUUCUCCAAUGUGGGUUAAUUCUGACUUCACUACUACACCACUGCCACUUUCUGAUUGGCCGAACACAGCUCCCCAGGUGACUGUGGAGUCAACUUCCGAAAUUACAGAAGCAGUGAAUUCUGUGGUGCCAACAGAACCAACUCUAGUCAAUGAUACUUCUGACAGUUUAUCAGAUUUGCCACAUUUUGAAUGGCUGACCACACCACCUCAGACAACUGUGGAGUCAACUUCCGAAAUUACAGAAGCAGUGAAUUCCGUGGUGCCAACAGAACCAACUCUAGUCAAUGAUACUACAGACAGUUUAUCAGAAUCGCCACAUUUUGAAUGGCUGACCACACCACCCCAGACAACUGUGGAGUCAACUGCAGAAAUUACAGAAGCAGUGAAUUCCGUGGUGCCAACAGAACCAACUCUAGUCAAUGAUACUUCUGACAGUUUAUCAGAUUUGCCACAUUUUGAAUGGCUGACCACACCACCUCAGACAACUGUGGAGUCAACUGCAGACAUUACAGAAGCAGUGAAUUCCGUAGUGCCAACAGAACCAACUCUAGUCACUGAUAAUACAGACAGUUUAUCAGAUUCUUUUGAAAAUUCCUCUCAGGCAAUCAACAUGACAUACAAUGAGGGCACCUUAAUUGUAGAAGUGUGCGUUAGGUGGCAUUCCACUUAUGCAGACUCAGGAAUGGCCCUUGUUGAGCUAAAGCUGCCAUCAGGAUAUGCCACUGAACAUUAUGUAAUGCAGAAGCUUGCUAACUUGGACUACAAUGGCAUACGUCGGGUUGAAGUCAAAGGAGGAAAGGCUAUUUUCUACUUUGAUAAAUUUGAGUCAAACAUGAACACUUGCUUCAACGUGUCGUUGAUCCAAACUCACUGUGUUGUUAGAGCAAAACCCAGCUAUGCUUGUGUUUACUCGUAUUAUGAACCUGAAAUAUCAACAACAGUGUUGUACCAAGUACCCUCGACAGAAUUAAGCAAUUUUUCUGAAUGUGCUCAUUCAAACAAUGUUCAGCACUUUGAUCGAGAUGAACAGGUUGAUAGAGAUGUCUCAAACAAUCUCACUAAAUGAUGAUUGUUACAAAGAGAUUGACUUGUGACAAAGAUCUAUCAAAACGCAUUGAUCUGAGGUUGAAGUGACAGGAUUUUUUAUGUCUUGCUAAUUGCUGAAAUGUGAUUUGGUCACAGUGCUUGUGCGCUGUAGCUCAUUAAUUAACUUGUAGGACUUUUGGCAAUGAUAUACUUCAGUGUAGUAGAGUUUGUGAGUGUCAAUGUUGCUAAAAAAUUUAGUCACACAUUGGACUGUGUAGGCAGCUGAAUCACUUAUUAUUAAUUAAUUAAUUAAUCUAGCGCGUUAUACAGCACCAGU